AUGGAAGAUAUAAAGGUGCCGAACUUGGGUCAGGCUGCUUCAGCCGCGUGCUCCAUGGCGUCCAAUUUCUUGGCACCGGUGAAGACCGAGCGCCAAAUCUACGAAAACUCGAUGCUCGAGGACGAUCCCAAUGCCAACUCGGUAGUAUCGACCUCUCAAGAAGACAGGACUGUGCCUAGGUGGGGUCCGAAUCAUAAAGGUGCUCAAGAACUUGCGAAUCUUUAUAGUACUGGAAAGAGAACACAAGAGUGCAUCUGUGUGGGGAUUUGCAUCACUCUUAUAGCUGUAAACUCAAUUUUCGUGCUUAUCAAAUUACGACUGGAAAAUUUAAGUUCUAUAGCAAUGGCAGCCUUGUGCGGCAUCAUUACCGCUGAUUUUGGUUCUGGCUUGGUUCAUUGGGCGGCUGAUACUUGGGGGUCAGUGGAACUACCGAUUCUGGGGAAGAAUUUCCUGAGACCAUUCCGCGAGCAUCAUAUAGAUCCGACCAGUAUAACGCGACACGAUUUCAUUGAGACCAACGGUGAUAACUUUAUGGUUACGAUACCAAUCUUAUCAAAGCUUACAUGGGAUUUUCUGACAUUGCCCGAACCGGACAUGCAACAAAAGUUCGUGUGGACUUGUUACUGGUUUCUGCUUGCAAUUUUUGUGGCAAUGACCAAUCAGAUACACAAAUGGUCGCAUACGUACUUCGGUCUGCCAGCCUGGGUGAUUUGGCUUCAAGAACAUAGGAUUAUCUUGCCAAGAAAGCAUCAUCGAGUGCAUCAUGUCGCGCCUCAUGAGACUUAUUUCUGCAUCACCACAGGAUGGUUGAAUUGGCCUUUAGAGAAAUUACAUUUCUGGUAUAUCAUGGAGGUGAUCAUCGAGGGUGUCACCGGUUGCAAACCCAGGGCCGACGAUCUGAAAUGGGCACAAAAGCGCUCUUGAGAAUUAAUAAUCAUCCUGCUGUCGUUAUACAUUUUGUACAAACAGGAUAUUUAACAUACAGCCAAAUGUUUGAAAGAAAUACGAACGGCAAACUACAACGAGGUAGAAAUUAAGUGGAAAAUCUGUAUGGGCAAUAGUAAAAGGCUUGCAACACGGAAUCUUUGAUGUUUCGAGAAAGAAAGAGGUGUAAUGAACGAGUACGUAACAGAAAAUGUUCAAUAGUUGGCACUCUUGCGCGAAUAUUAUCAUAUAUUAAGGUAUAUAGGGAUUUAAGAGAAAAUAAAUAAAAAUUAAAAUUAACAAUAAAUAAUUGCUAAAUAAUUAAUAAAUAAUUAACAAAUCUCCACACAUCUUAAUAUUUGAUGAAAUCCGAGUAAGAAUGCCGAAAACUGGUGCUGUAAUGAGUGCCGGAUAGUGAACGUUUUCCCUUACCCGGGAAAAAAUGAUUUUAUAUGUAAUUAUAUAAAAUUUUAUCUAAUUAUAUAUGGCUCAUAUACAGAAUUUGGUGCAAUAUGACCAUAUAUAUAAUCAUAUAUAAUAAUAUAUGUCUAUAUAGAAAAAAAUGCUUUAGAAUGAAAAAAGGAAAAAAUAAUUUCAUUCAAUUGAACGUUAUUCAAUUAUAAGCUGCUACAAACAUGAGCAUUUACUUCAAUUGUAU